AUGACUGCAACAUAUUACGAUAAAGCAGCAGCACUAGAUAAGGCACCACAUAGCUUAGAGUCUGAGAUGAAUCAAAGUGUAACAAUGAAAGACAGCGAAAAUAUAACAAAGGAAUCUACCACCACCAACACAACUAUAAUAAAGAAUGAAACUUCCUUUCAAGUUGGCGAUAAUUCCAUAUUAUCUCCCACAUCUACCAAGUCCAACAUAUCGGGGGUUAGUCAGACAAAGUCGAUCAUGAAUGUAAGUGGCACAUCGGGUGCGGUUGUCAAUUCCACACCGGAACCUGGGUUGAAGAGGGCACCGGCAGUGACAUUUAGUGAUUCCAAGACAUCUUUGAAACAAGUGACUCCACAACAAGAACAAGAGCAAGAGAUAGGAAGAGGUGAUGGUGACAAAGCGGGACAAAAGACUACGGAAAGGCGUAAAAGUCCUCUAAGGUCCGAAAUCACGCAAAGGUCCAUUUCAAACAAAGAGGAAGAUAUAAUAACGAAUAACUAUAAUGGUAAAACUGCUCCACGUCAUGAGAAAAAUAAGAAUUUAUUAAAAUUAGAUACUUCCCAUUUGUCAUUUGAAGAGGAGAAAGCUAAAAAUCCUCUCGUUUCGAAGGUGGAAGAAGAACAUGCUCAUUUCUUAGUCGAAGAUCCCCUACAUACGCCUAGUUCCGCAAAUACAAGUCCAAGACCAUCCGUUUCAAUGGCACCUUCCACUUCUCAAACUAAAAAGGAAGGACAAGGUACAGAAAAUCCCUCAUUAGAAGCGCUCAUUGAAGACGAUAUAAUACCUCAUAGCAUUGCACCCAAUAUUCCCAAGAGAGAAAAUGCUAAAAAUAUUGAUCCAAGAUUACCUCAGGAUGAUGGGAAAUUACAUGUCUUAUUUGGUGCAACUGGGUCACUUGCGGUCUUUAAGAUUAAAUCGAUGAUUAAGAAACUGGAAGAAGUUUACGGUAAGGAUAGGAUAUCUAUCCAAGUAAUAUUGACUCAUUCAGCAGCAAAAUUUUUUACAAAGAGAUAUGUUAAGAAGCAUAAAUGUAAUGAAAAAGGAGAACUUCUUCCCAUCACCAAAACAUCUAUAACUGAGGAAAAAUUGGAACCACCGCAGUUGACCGCAGUUGUUCCCCCACCAGCACAGAGCGCAACAGCCACACAAGUAGAGUUACCACCACAUAUUCAAGUUUGGACUGAUGAAGAUGAAUGGGAUACAUGGAAACAAAGAACUGACCCAGUUUUACAUAUUGAAUUACGUAGAUGGGCCGAUAUACUGGUGGUGGCACCUUUGACGGCGAACACCUUAUCCAAGAUUUCCUUGGGGCUUUGUGAUAAUUUGUUAACUUGUGUUAUAAGGGCUUGGAAUACUAACUUCCCCAUAUUUUUAGCACCAUCCAUGUUUAGUAGCACUUAUAAUACGAUUAUCACUAAGAAGCAACUGAAAGUUAUCAAUGAAGAAAUGCCAUGGAUUAGUGUAUUUAAACCGUCAGAAAAAAUCAUGAGCAUAAAUGGUGAUAUUGGGUUAGGUGGGAUGAUGGAUGGUAAUGAAAUUGUCGAUAAAGUUGUUAUGAAACUAGGAGGAUAUCCAAAGGAUGAAGAAGAUACGGUGAAAAAUGAGGAUGAAGAUGAGGAUGAAGAUGAAGAUGAUGGUAAUGGCAAUGAUGAACAAAAGAAUGAUGAUGACGAUGAUGAUGAUGAUGAUGAUGAUGAUGAUGAUGAUGAUGAUGAUGAUGAUGAUGAUGAUGAUGAUGAUGAUGAUGAUGAUGAUGAUGAUGAUGAUGAUGACGAUGACGACGAUGAUGACGACGAUACAGACGAUGAGGAAGAAAGUAAAGAAGCUAAACAGAAAAAACUUUGA